UACUUGGCGCAAGACCCUAUCGUGGCUCUUGAUAACAGCUCUUUUCUUUGCAUAAUUUUCCUUUGCGUAUUAACUUUCCUUUACGGUGAAUAUAACUUUUUUUAGCAUAAACAUAGCUCUUUCCUUUGCAGAAUUCCUACGAGCGCUUUGACGGAUUCGUGGUCCUUCACGGCACCGACACCCUCAGUUACACCGCAUCCGCCCUGUCCUUCAUGCUCGAGGCUCUGGGCAAGAUCGUCAUCCUGACCGGCUCGCAAGUGCCGAUUUUCGACACGAGAAGCGACGGCCUGGACAACUUCCUCGCGUCUCUCGUGAUCGCGGCGAAUUACAACAUACCUGAAGUGUGCGUGUUCUUCGGUACGCGUUUGUUGCGCGGCAAUCGCACAACCAAGGCAUCCGCGACAUCCUUCGAAGCCUUCGAAUCACCGAACAUUCCACCCCUCGCCACGGCGAACAUCAAAAUCGAAGUGGACUAUCGCUCGAUUUUCCGCCCUUGUACCAUGGAGAAGUUCUAUGUACACGCGUCGCUCAAUCGAAACGUAGGCCUGCUGCGGCUGUUUCCCAGCAUCACGUCCGACCUGGUUAAGGUAUUUCUUCAACCGCCAAUCGAGGGGGUCGUCCUACAGUCCUACGGCGUGGGAAACGUCCCGACAAAUCGCGACGACAUCAUCGAGGAGCUUCACGCGGCGACGAAGCGCGGUGUGGUUGUCGUGAAUAUCACGCAAUGCGCGACCGGAUGCGUCUCGGACGCAUACGAAGCUGGAAAACUGCUGCAAAAAGCUGGUGUGAUACCGGGUUUUGAUAUGACACCGGAGGCUGCAUUAACGAAACUCGCGUACGUCUUAUCAAAAUACGAUUGGGACACAGAGACCAAGCGGCAAAUAAUGCAAACGAAUUUACGGGGCGAGCUGACCGCCGGUCAACCGCCGACUAUACAGGACUGGGAUUUGGUGGAAGCUGUCGCUAGGUCCUUGAGAUUAUCCUCUGUUGCGGAACUUCAGGAGCUGGGAUCGAUUCUGUUCCCGGCUAUGCUGAACGCCGCGGUAGUUAGACGUGACGUCGUCAAACUCGAGUCUUUAAUAGGAUACGGCGCGGAUAUCUCGCAGGCGAACGCAGAUGGCCGAACAGCUUUGCACAUAGCUUGCUGCGAGGGGGAUAUAAAGGUCGUGCGACGUCUUUUAGAAAUGGGAGCAAAUGUUCACAUUAAAGAUCGAUUUAAUCGCACGCCUCUUACUGAUGCGAUCGAAUACGAUCGUCACGAGAUCAUCAGGAUGUUGCUGCAGUGUGGGGCGCAUCUUCACGGCGACGCUGUGCUAAUCAGCGAGAGGAUGUGCUCGGCCGCGACCGCCGGAAAUACGAAGCGUCUGCAGUCGUAUUUGCUGGCCGGCGCCGAUCUAUCACUGAAAGACUUUUCUGGGCGCACACCGCUGCACUUCGCCGCGCUUCACGAUCGCGUGAAAACGAUUGAGUUCCUGCGAGAUCACGGUGAGGAUCCGCGCUGUGUCGACAUGCUGGGACAAUCCGCGGCAGAUCUCGCGGAGGCUGCGCGAGCCGCAGGUGCCGUACGCUUGUUAGCACCUUUUAAGCAGAACGAUGUCCACGAUGCGGUCAACAAAACUACAGCGCCAAUAUAAAGUAAUGUGGAUUUGCUUUAGUUACUUCAAACGGAAAGCUUUUGUCUCAAAAGUAUCCCAAAUAAAACAUCUAAGAUGACUGUGA